GACCGAUCAGAGAAUAUUAUUAUUUUAUUAUUACAUUAUUUUUUAUCGUCUGCCCUGGUAGCCAAACGGCAAAGAACGUGUAUGAUGCAUUCAUCUACGUUCUUCGUUGUAUGCAAAGAUAUUCGUUAUGUACCGGUCCUUCUCGUUUAAUUUACGAUCUUUUAAAGAAACCAAAUUUUUUUGAAUGCUAUGAAGCAACCCUGCACGCAGUUAAUUGUCCAAAAUCAAUUCUGAAUUGGAAAUUGAGGACAGUUGAAGACAGAGUUGAUUUACGUUCUCUGUUCAGGAAGAGCACGAAUGGAAAAUCAAAAGGAAAUGAAAAAAAAUCAGUUCGUAUGUUGGGAAAAUGGCUGACGGUAUUAACUUUUAUUCCGAGUGGAAAAUUUGCAAUUUAAUGCGUGAAUAUUGUUAAUUAGGGUAAUAAAGCGGAGUUAACGAACUUUGGCUAAGUUGGUUUUAUUUAAGCUUGGAGUAAAUGUGUUAAAACAAAUAUAUAUAAUCGAAAGUGGAUAAUUUGCAUCUUCUCUAGUAUUAAGUAAAUCCCAGAAUUAUGAAUAGCUCUGCCUACGACCCGAAUAUCAUUCAUCAGGAUCAUCCAAAUAUGCAGCACACAACGCCUCGUACUGCACACUUACAUCAUCAUAAUAUAUCUCAUCCUAUUGGAAGUUUUUUCCUUUCGUCUAAUACCUCAUUACCGAUUUCUGAGCAACAACAAUCAGCACAAUUGCAACUUCCGAAUGUCAGUACUUGUACAAAUAACGGUUCCGAAAUGACAACACAAUCUCAACCAAAUACUACAACGGAUCCAAGAGGAAUUUUUAGUCCACGUCAAAUGCCAAUAAAUAACGCAUUGGGUAAAAAUUUCUUCAACCCAGCUGUUGCUGGCAUCCAACCACCAGCUCAGAGAUUUUUUGGCGGCAUUACACCGACCGUCACAACUUCUGUUGCUACAAAUCCAGUCCAACAAGCUAGCGCACAACAACACCAACCAGGAAAUACUAUCUUAAUAACGAACAAUUUUUCUACACAUCAAUUCGGUGCUACAUCUACCAAUGUUGCCGAAGCAGGUACAAACGCAACUACUGGAAUUAUAAAUAGUAUACCACCAACCGCCUCCCCAUCUUCGGACUGUUACCAUAACGGAAACGCAAACAAUAUUCGAAUAAUAACAACAUUGCCAAGCGUGUUGCACCAUCAUCAACAUCAGCAACAACAGCAAAAUGCGUACGACAUUGUAAAAGAUGUUGAAGCAACUGUGCGGGACGAAAUGAUACAACUGCCCCAAUUUUACCAUACACCACAUUCACAAUCUACUUAUGGACAACAUUUGGCACCAAGUUUGUCCACAAACUUCGGUCAACAUCAUUUUGCAGCGUCAGCAACAUCUCCAGCGUCGAUGCAAAUCUCUCAAAAUGAACAACAGCAACAUCAAUUUUUUAUGUUUACAAAUGACAACGACAGGGAUGCAGCGACAACAAACAGCCUGCCAUCUGUUGCAAAAUUAAUACCCUCUAUCACAGAAGAAUGUUCCACUGUUGCGGAAAAAGUUACCACGUCGCCGGCAAUGAUUUCUUCUUCAGCGAAUACUACAAAUUCAAACUCGACACUAGUGUUGGAUCGCAUUAACAUUUGUAUAAAUAAUCAUUACAGUGAUUCUCUAGGACCGUCAAAUACUUUGUGUACCACAACGUUAGACACAAAAAAAACAACCGCAAAUUCGGCAAUAACAUCUACUGCAAAUACGUACACAGUAGCUACGCAUGCUCCUCAACAGCCCUCACCAAUAAUACCCGCUAUUCACCAUAAACUAGUCUUGGAGCCGGCUGGGAGUGGAAUUAGUAAUGGGAUACACAGCGAUCCCUAUACCAAUAACAAUUCCGCUUUGGUAAUCGAUGAGCCCGACUCGACUACAACCACUCCCCAUACACCACCCACAACACCCGAGAAUAGCUCCUCACCUCCUUUGCCAGUGAACUCGAUUUCGACAAGAAAUACCCCGCAGUCAGUUACUGGUCAAAUAAUAGUCGAAGACUCAGUAGCCGAAAACAAAAGCACCUUUACAAUAUCUACUCAAAUAACAGAUUCCAGUGCUGCAAUGAAGGCAAUAGCAAAUAAAAUAGCAGAGAAGAGUUCAACCGGUAGAACAGAGAAGACAUUUGUAACACUUACGCAAAGCAUUGACUUGGUCGACAAAGAAGUUAGUGAAUACGUCAGUAACAAUGUGGAAAAUGAAAAUCAAACUCGAAAGGGAACGAAAACCGAUGAUUUACUCGAAAACAGCAUUAUGGAAAUAGUUGAGAUUGACGACAGUGAAAUGCAUCCUUCAACACAGGAGACUAUGCGAACGGAAAAUACUAUUACAUCUGGAGAAACGGCAAGCCUAUCUACACACGAAAAUCUGCAGGAUAAAAGAGGUAAUCUUGAUAUGAAACGGGCUAAUAUGGACUCACCGCAAUUGCCAGCAUUCGUACAAACAACUCUAGCUGCUGCUAAUAAAACAGCUUCUACAAUGACACUACUUACCCCACCGACACCGCCUAUAUCGUCUCCAGCUUCACAUGGAGAUUUAGCUCAAAACAAUGUUGCCAACUCUUUCACUUCUUCACCUGACAUCUCUUUUUCUAUGGGCGAAGAUGUUUUUAUACGAAAAGAAGAUGGCAGGCAGUAUCUUGGCACCGUUAUAGGCAGCAGUGCUGUUGGGGAAUUCAGUAAAUUACAAAAAGUUCAAUAUUUGAUACGGUUUGAUGAUAGCUCUGAGCUCUGGUGUGGUUCAAAGGAAAUGAGAAGACUUGAAAGUAAUGUCGGAAAUAGCAAUACACAUAUGUGUGUGGCUUGCAAGCGUAAGCAAAUUCACGACGUUGUCGAAAUAUGUGAAGAUUGCAGGCGCGGUUACCACCGUACGUGUACCAGAGAAACUACCCCAGGCAGCGGAGUGUGGUGGUGCCUGCGAUGCAGCAAACCCAUGAAGGAUUGGCCGAUAAUAGUAAGCAAGACUGUGUAUAAGCCCCUAAACCAUCACAACAGCUACAGAAACUAUGUGGAUGUCGCCAAAACUUCACCAUCAUCUCUAAAACGGAGAAACGCAGCAGAUGUGUAUGAAUUUCAUGUUGAAGACAAUGAAAUAUUUACUUCGGAUGACGAAAUACCAAUAAAGCAUAUAAUAGACAAAGUGCGCAAAAGUAAGGAACCAACUUUAAACUCAAAUUCAGGUGGUUUGAAGGUAAAUCCGACGAAAAAGCAUAACAUCUCAGAAUCCAUAAUAUGUGAUCCAAUCGUGGUUAUUGCGGACGAAAAUGCAAAUGAUGCUAACAGCCUUCUAGAAAUGCCUCACACAUUGAAAAAAGAAAAGUUCGAUGAGAAGGAUUUAUUAAUUAGUACACAGACCAAUUGUGUGGGGUUUGUUAAACAGGUUGACAAGAAUAAGAUAGAAAUUAUUGCAAAAAACAAUGAUUGCUUGAUUCCGACUAAAGUAGAAGAAGUUAAUUCCACAUAUUCUGCACAUAGUAAAGUAUCCUCAGGUGUUGUUGAGCGCAGCAGCCGUAAACGAAAAGCAUUCACUUUAUCGAAUUCCUACAAAGCGGUCGCCGCUGAGGCAGCUUCAAAGCGUUAUGACACUAGCCGGAUCUGUGACUCAUCAUCGGAUGAAAACUCAUCAAGUAGCCGAGGUACAUCGCUAGAUGUGAUCAUACCACCACCGAAAAACUUUCUUGGUCUGAAUAAUCCGUUUCGUAUCGUUACACCUAAAAAGAAUUCAAUAGCAGGUGCUAAUGCCAGUGGCGUACAAAGUUUAUUAAAUUUCAACCGUAGCGGCACAAUGAUUAAAAGCAGUAUUUUCAAUACAACGGCUUUGGAUUUCAGCUCGAAAUUGGCAGCGCUUAAAAGUGCGGGCAUGUUUCCAAAUCUAAGUACAAGUAAUUUAGCUAAGGCUGCCGGUCAGCCCCGAACAGUUCGCACUAUCAAGCGAAGACUGAGUGCCAAAGAUAUAACAAUCGGCCCAAAUCAGGAGGUACGAAGAAGACGAACUCGUCGUCUUUCCUCUAAUGUAGAGGUUAUUAGUACAACAACUAUCAAUCCCAUUCCUAGCAACUUUUUCCCUAUACAUGCCAAAGACCUGUUGCCUGUUCAGCUCACCACGACCAGGGUUACUUCAACAUGUAACAAACAACAACAACAACUAGCACAAAGACAAAUUUCAUUAAUAUCAUCUUCUUCAUCGGCGUUAUCAUCCCCACCGGAUUCGGUAGCAUCUAGUGUGGAUGUGCCGGUCGAAAUUAAACCUCAAACGAAACCCUCCCACGGACGACGUUUAAGACAGAGGCCACAGCAAAAGAAUUCACCUGCCAUCAGUCGUCGUAGUUCGGUUUCCAGUGCAAGCACUUCAUCGUCAACAAACUCAUCUAGUAAUAUAACCUUAGCUGCAUUACAACAACAACAGGCACUGCUCAAAAGCAACACUAAAAAUUCAAAUAAUAUGAAGGCUGCUGACACUCGCAGUAGCAUGCAAGAUCUUAAACAGUCGGUAAAGGAGUAUUUCGGAGGGGUGAUGAAUCGCAUAGAAUCGGGUGAACAAUUUUGCAUUCGUGCCAAACGACAAUUAGCCAGUGGACAGACACAGUAUCUGAUUGAAUGGGGCGAUGUUGCUGCAGUUCCAUUGCAAGGACAUACAAAUUCAAGCAUAUCGCCAACUAAUUUGACAAUGACGAUCGUGCAGGAUCAAUAGAUGAAAGAAGAAACAAGAAAAAAAAUUCGACUUCCAAUUAUUAUUCAACUCUGUUCAGGGCACUUGUAUUUAAAAUUCUUUCUCAUAUAUAUAUAUAUACAGAUAGAGAUAUAGUUUAUAAGGACUCUAUUGUCCCGGUUCAAAUAAUUUGAAAAAUCUGAGGACACAAUACACCAUUGGUGGCGGUGCAUGUGCUCAUUACAAAUCUAUCUAUCUAUAUAUGUAUAUAGAUUUGUAUGCUUAAUUCAAAAAAUUCAUCGGAUAAUGUAUGGACCCAUUGGAAUUUUGUUCUCUAGUUUAUCGUUGUUACCUUACUUUCGGUUAUAUUUUACAAAUCUUUGGCAUGUUAUAUGUGAAUACUAAAAUUUGUAAGUAAAGCAUUACAAUAUUCUUAAGUUUUUUUUUACAUUAAUUUAUAUAUUACGUAUUGGUAGAGACUGUUUGAUAGUUAAAUUAAGUCUUAAUCGUAUUAAUUGGCUGUUAUGUUAUAUUCAACUUAUUUCACAAAAUACACGAGCAAAAAAUUUUAGAAAUUAAUAUUGGUAUGUAUGUAUAUGAUGAGUUAUAGAUGUAAAUCAAAUUAAUUUAGAUGAAAAGUUGUUAAUCCUAAAAAAUUGAGAGAUGUGUUUAGUUCGAUUUAUUUACACGGGCAAACGCUUUGAAACUUAAUUAAUGGCAAAUAUAUAUGUAUGUAAACAUUUAAAUCUUCAAAUUUAAUAACAGCAUAACAUUUUACCUGCCACUAGUUCUCAAAAUUAAUUAUAUUUUACAGACUUCAAAAAUUUUGAUAAUAAUUUUUUGAAUAUUUCAUAUUAGAGAGUUAUUUGAAUUAUCAGCGCCCUUCCACUGCCAUUUUUAUGCUCUAAUAAAUAGUGAAUAAUAUUAUUACAAGUUUUAUAUCUAAAUGGCGAAUUCAAUUAAAACCUUAACAUUAUACAGGUCUAAAUGUGCAAUGGUUGCAGUAGUAAGAAAUCCAUACAUACAUACAUACACCAUAUUUAUAUAUACAUACAUAAAGUUUCAUGAUAAAUGUACGUAAAACAGCCAAAUCGAUAAGAGCUCAAGAGUACAAAAAAAAAAUUAAAAGAAACGCUGUUGAGUUAAUUAAUUAAAAAAACGAUAAUUCAUGUGUUCGAUUUCUAAUUUUAGAUAAUCCGACUGAGACAGUGAACUCUAGCAAAUCUUAUGUAUGUAGUAAUGCUUAGCACAAAAUUCGCCGUACAUCAAGUUAGAAAAAAUGGGCUAUUAAUUAUUAUUUCUAUUACUUAAAACAAGUUCAAAGAUUUUGGCAAAUGAAGAAAUUUUACAUUUAUAGAAACCUACAUAUGUCUGAAAAAUGAGAAUAAAUGGGUGAAAAUAGCUAUCUUAACACGAAUCACUAAAUGUAUUUUAAUUGGAUUGAGGGCAAAUAUUUAUGAGUAUUAUAAAUACAAAUUAAUUUUUU